CCAACCGCAGUUAAUCAGCAGCCGUCAAGAAACAAAACCGCAACGGGACGGACGGAGAACGACGGGACUGCGGCUGCCGGGCUGCGGCGCCAGGCUCAUCAAGAACGACCGGCAAGAGAACCAGCGGCCGCAGCCCAUGCCUGCACUGCACACUAAAUGCGCGGCGGCGGCACGGGAUCACCUCCGUCCCCCUGUCGCUCUCCAAAACAUCCCGGCCCUGCGACCGUGACCCAAACCGAACCAAGAAACGGAUCGGGAGGCAACGGCGCAAAGCCAGCGCCAUGGCGUCGUCCGUGCCCUCCUCCUCUCCAAUGCUCGCCGCCGCCUUCCUCGUGCUCCUCCUCCUCUCCUCUGCCGGGGCAGGCGAGGCUGCUGCGGCUGCGCCGGCGCCGGCGCCGGCGCUGGACCAGGUGUGCGGGAGGCUGGGCAGCUACUACGUGACCCCAGCCCUCUGCGCGUCCGCGCUCUGCGCCGACCCCUCCGCGCCCUGCCGCGCCGCGCGCGACGCGCCCGCGGUGGCGGCGCUGGCCGCCCGCCUCGCGGCCGACAACGCCACGGCGGCCAGGGACAGCAUCGAGGCCGCCCUCUCCUCCUCCCCGUCGCCGCCAUCCGCGGGCCCUGCCUCCGCCGCCGCUGCGGGCAACAGCAGCGCGGCGGCGGCGGCGGCCGCGCGGUCGUGCCUGCAGCUGUACGCGGGCGCGGUCCCGGCGCUGCGGUGGGCGGCGCGGGCCGUGGCCGCGGGCCGGUACCGCGGCGCGCGGGAGGUGCUGCAGGCGGCGCAGUACGUGGCCGCCGGGUGCGAGGGGAUGGCCGGGGACGCCGCCGCGCUGCCGCGCGAGAACGGCGGGUUCGGCGACAUGGCCUUCGUCGCGCACGCCGUCGUCGCCUCCAUGGCCGCCGACUGACCCGUAUCGAUCUGCCUCCAGCCCGCACAAGUACAGAAGCUCGCUGUAAUAAUCAAUGCGCUGUUGCAGCAACAGCUUGUAUCGUGUCCUGCCAUUGUCGAUCCAUGAACAGGACCUGUGGGCUGUGCCGCUGUGGUGUUUCUCUGAUCCCAUGUAGUAAUUCGAUUCGCACGCUUGAUCUGCUACUGCAAGUAGCCAAGGCCGACUGUGUGAUGCA